AUGGACGCCUCGCACGCGCCCGAGGUGGUGCCCGCGCAGGAGGCGCCACAGGUGUACUACACGACCAAGGAGCAGGAGCAGCUACCGCCCGCGCUCCGCUUGGCAAAAUCCAAGAAGAAGAAGAAGAUUAUGGACAUGCGCCCGACGACUUUUUGGUUGCUGCUGGUACUGGUUUUUGUGAUUAUCGCGGUGGCUGUGGGAGGUGGCGUCGGCGGCUCCAUGGCUGUGAAGAAUGCAAAAAACAGGAGCCCUUCUGAGCCUUCAAACCCAAGCGGCACUCCGACAUCGACCUCAAGCACCUCCUCCUCCAGCAGCUCAUCUUCCUCUGCCGCGUUGUCCGGCGCCUACGUCGCGCCGACAGAUGUCAUCCUGCCGCUCCCGUGCUCCGACGCCACGCCCGCCGUCACCGUCGCCGGCAGCGUGUACCGCUUCAACGCGACCUGUGGCGUCGACCACCCCAAGAACGACCUGCUCCCGAUUGUCGCCUACUCGCUGCACGACUGCCUGGCCGCGUGCGCCAAGUACAACUCGAAAUGGGGCGGCGGCUGCAAGGGCGUCGUGUUUGGCGCCGACUUGGCCAAAUUUGUGGCUGUGGCGUCGGGAAACUGCUACCUGAAGAAUGGAACGAGUGAAGAUGCCAAGACGGACGGGGUCAUUUCGGCGGUGCUGAUGGGGAGUGUGUCAUUGAGGCAAAAAAGGAAUGGGGAAGCCACAGUAUACUACGACGUAAAUUCCCAUGAUUACCGUCAUUAA